CAAGAAAGUUUCGUCUGCUUUGUUGUUCAGUAAAAUAAAUGGCAAAUUCUACAACUGAUUCUGAUGGUUUUGUGACUGUCUCAAAAAAGAAAUCUGCAAAGGCAAAGCGCUUGGUAAAUAGUGAUCCUCUUUUAGUGUCACCUGUCUUUGAACCCAUUGCAUUGGAUACCUGUUUAAAGAAUAUUUCUAAAGCUAAAGCAGAAGUUGAGUUGUCCAUAUUUUACAAAAGCUUCCUAACGCUUCUUACAGAAAUAAUAGAAAAAAGAAAAAAACCUAUAACACAAAUUAUCUGUUUUGGGCUUGGACGAAUAUCUACUUGCAAAACAGCCCAACAUCAGCUUGGAUUACUGCUUCUUUUAGGUGAACAUUUGUUAUGCCCAAUCGAAGUUUUUGAUCCUGUUUUCAGUUCAAUUGAAAAAGACAUCAUCAGUCACUUGAAACUGAAGUUGGCAGCAACAAAUUGUGAAGGAAAAAGAAAGGCAGUUUUGUCAUCAAGCUCAUUUUUCAUUUUUCCCCAUUGUCCUAAAGAACUCAGCAAUAACCUCCUUUACACCAAUUGGAGUCCUAGUCACCUAGAACAUUGUAUUCUUUACGCCAACAGUUUCGAAAAAAUUCGACUCGACACUCCCGAUCGUUUCUUGAAGAGCUAUCAUUAUCUUCAUCGAUCUAUAGAAAUCGUCGAGGAAUUAGCUGUGCCCAACAACUUCCGGUUUCCCGACAUUUUCAACGAUCUUAGUCUCCACCAUUUCCCCAGCGAACUAAUCUACAGUGUUCAUUCAUCGUUUUGGGAAUCGCCUGAACCUACAUACCCUGCUGCUGAGACUGAGCUAAUUAGUGAAAAAUGAGCGCCAAAACUUUGCUCAGAGAAUUGAUUCGCGAGCUCCGACUAACCAACCAUAGUCAUAAUUCUCUCUGGGAAUCGCCUGCAUAUCAAUUUAUCUCGAAGAAUUUUCGCCGAAAUCAGGUCACUGCUGAGCAAA